CGGCUACAUGAGCAGGCGUCAGAGCCAAUCAACCGUAGACUUCGUUCUCGUCCACCAACCAGCGGGGAGAGCGGGUCUGUGGGCGGGAGGCCGGAGCAGCUGUCAGGCUAAAGUCCGGCGAGCUAAGAGCGGCGGGACGGCGGAGGAAACGCGGCGCCCGACAGGGCCCUGGAAAUGGUCCCCGGAGCCGCGGGCUUGUGUUGUCUCGUGCUUUGGCUCCCCGCGUGCUUCGCGGUCCACGGCUUACGCAUCCAUGAUUAUUUAUACUUCCAAGUGCUGAGCCCCGGGGACAUUCGGUACAUCUUCACAGCAACACCUGCCAAGGACUUUGGUGGUAUCUUUCAUACAAGGUAUGAGCAGAUUCACCUUGUCCCUGCUGAACCUCCAGAGGCUUGUGGGGAACUCAGCAACGGUUUCUUCAUCCAGGACCAGAUCGCUCUAGUGGAGAGGGGGGGCUGCUCCUUCCUCUCCAAGACACGAGUGGUACAGGAGCAUGGUGGGCGGGCCGUGAUCAUCUCUGACAACGCUGUUGACAAUGACAGCUUCUAUGUGGAGAUGAUCCAGGACAGUACCCAGCGCACAGCUGACAUCCCUGCCCUCUUCCUGCUCGGUCGAGAUGGCUAUAUGAUCCGCCGCUCCCUGGAACAGCAUGGGCUGCCAUGGGCCAUCAUUUCCAUCCCAGUCAAUGUCACCAGUAUCCCCACGUUUGAGCUGCUGCAACCUCCCUGGACCUUUUGGUAGAAGAGUUGAUCCCACAUUCCAGCCAUAAAUGACACUGGGCUGAGAAAGCAAAACCCAGGAAUUCUGCUAUCUGGAAUGUGGUAACAGCAUCUGGGAACAAGUGAAGCCAGGCAGAGGAAAAGGGCCUUGGCCAGGCUAGGGAAGGGAAGCCUCACCACUGGCGUUCCCUUCCCCAUGGCCUCCAAGGAUAUCUGUGGCUGCAGGAAGAAGCAAGAGCCAAGCCCCAGGUCUUCGGGCUACAAUCUGGAACAAAAGGAGUUAUAGGCAAGCAGCCCAAGUCAUCUGUGACCUGUCACAUACCACCUGGUUCAGCUUCCCCCUCCCAGUCGCCUCAUAGUGACCUUCACAGCAGUUGCUGGAUGGCUUAAGGAUCUGGUGAUUGGGGACUUGAUAAAACCCUCACUGACUGUAGCAAUAAAGCCUCUCAUCGGGGUUGCA